CUAGACUCGAGAAAAGGAUCCUGUACUAGUGCAAGCUUUUGGGAGACGUCAGAGAAGGAGGGGUCAGGCGGCCAUUUCCAAACUGCCAGAUGAGAUCUAGAUGAGUUUGUGUAUUAUUGUUUCCAGCACUUAUGCCACAUGGGAAUUUAUAUGAACCAUUUGGUAUAAUAUUGAUUUAUCGGAGUAGGAUUGUUUUAAAGCCUAAUGAAUGGAAAGAGAAAGUUCCUUAUUGCAACUGUCUUAUCAAUCCAGGAUUCCUCCUUCACGUAUCCUGCUUGCCAGAACUGCUUCUCCAGGUUAAUACAAACCUCCAACAGGUAUGAAUGUCUUAAAUGCAGCAGCACAAUUAAAGAUGUCGCUUAUCGGUAUAAACUAAGUUUGAAGGUUGCAGAAGACAACAAACUUUACACGAUCACUGUGUUUGGGAGCUGCUUAGAGAAGAUUUUUGGGACCAGUGCUGAUUCGUUGCAACGGUACAUUCUGGAUUCCUGCCAAGCAAAUCUGUCAAGUGAUAGGCUUCAGGAUUUACUGCUACAAGCAGCGGAAUAUUGCUUCAUAGGCAAGAGCUUUUUAUUUGGAGUGAAGAUCCCUGUGAAUCAUUCAGAAGAAUCUGCAAGCAGCAGCGUUUCUGUAUAUGGAUCAAACAGGCACAUGGUGGCGUGCCAGAUAGCUCUGCCAAAUGAUGAUCCGCUUGGCUAUACAGUUUUCACUUACUACAGUCAGCUCAUACAUGCUUAUCUAAACGACAUUCAACUCAAUGAUAGGAGCUUUGCAUCUUCAAACAACAGUAAUACAGAAACAAAUCAUUUUCGUUCAUCUGAGAGCAUCUGUGAUUUUCAAAGUGGCUGUCAUCCCUUCGAUUUUUGGCACCAGUCAUUUGGCAUCCAGCCCCUGCUUAAUAUUUCAAGAGAAGCUUCAGUUUUGGAACGAAGUAGCUGCACAGAACAUUCUUUUUCAGAAAGGAAUAGGCAUUUUUACUCUCCAUUACAAGCAAAACCUGAUUUUUCCUACAGUAAUUUGCAUCAAGAUCAAGUUACAGACAGGCUUGCAACGGACACAGCACAUAUUUUUGUAAGUAGCGCACUCAGAGCUGAAGACUCAACUCUAUCUGGAAAUAUUUCAGCAACUGCUUCUCAUUUAUGUGCUGAUCAAAAAUACUGCAGCCCUUUGCAAAAUACAUCAAGUGUUCAGAGGAAGUGUUCUAACUUAAAAACCAGUUGCAGGCAGGAAAUUUGUUUGCAUAAGCCUUGGAGCUCAGUGAGUUCCAAGAGUCAUUUAAACUCCUUGUGUUCUCCGGAUUUCUCUUCCAAGAAUGAAAAGGCAGCUGGAACCAAUCAGGAUGAUGUUGAAAUUUGGGACGACUUUCUGUUUUCUGAAAGUCUAAGUGAGUUUAUAGCAAAAGUUGAAACCAAUGAGUACACAAAAUCGCAGCUGAGUUUUAAACCCUCCAAAUGUUAUUUCCGCGCACGAACAAACAGUUCUGAUACAAGAUUUUGUAGGACAUCUAUAAAUUUUAUCAGGACACCAACUUCACAAAAUACAACAGGGACGUUAACGGCAACAUCUGAAAAUUCUAUUUCUGGCAUGAAGGAAACAGAUGACUGCUUUGCACAAAAUACUGUAUGUCAGGUUCCUCAACAUGCCUCUAAAUUAAAAUCCAUUAAGAGGAUUUCUGCUGCAUUGUUUCCCUAUGGUCCUAAUCCCGUUUUGUCUUAUGAAAAACAGUCACAAUAUUCAAAUGAGAGCAACACUCAUUCUUGCACUUUAGCAUCUCCUCCAAAAGAAAUUUAUUUAACCUAUGAAAAACCUAGGAUUUCUCCAAAUUUAAUAUCAGAAAGUAUAUACGGUUUACCCAAGAAUAAUUCUGUGUUUUCCUUUAACCAACACAAUGAAAACCAUAGUAAGUGUUUUCUCUCUCCAAUUUUUAGUGGCAUUUCUGAUAAAACCAUGGCAGCAAUCAAGAGUUGUCAAAAAUUACAAAAGGGCAACAUUUGUUCUGAUUUCGAAGAGAAAAGCUUAGAUAAUGAAAAAAGUGAAUGGUUUGUCACAGAGAUGGAAGAGCCAAAGGGCAUGGACCAAUCAAAUAAAUUAGAUCAUAGUGACAGUUAUAAUGGAUCAGCUGAUAUGUUUGAUGCCGACGAUACUGUGAACAAUAUGAUGGAAUCAUUUUCAGACAAAAUUGUUAAACAGAAUAUUACCGUUGCUCCAUUUAUUGAAUUUUCCUCCACAAGUUCCGCUUUUUUACAAUUUGUUGAAGAAAAAUUUCCACAAGUUGGACAUUUAGUUCCUUAUUCGCAGUCUACACCUGUAGCAAAGAAUUUGACAAGGCCAAGUGGACUUGGCAUCAGCAAACUGCUUAAUAAAACACUCACUGACAAAUCGGCCAUUUUGAAUAGAAAAUCUUGUUAUUCACUAAGAAAUUGUUUGCUAAAAAAAGUAGCACAUUCUUUAUUAGACAAGAAGGCCGCCAUUUUUUGUGCUGAAGAAACAUUUCUUCAAACCAUUAAAAGCCCAAUUUUGGGUGGCUGUAGAAGUAAUUCUUUAAAAUGUAUGAGUAACACUUUUUUCAAAUCGGCAACAAAAACACAGACAUGUACCACAAAGGGGUUGAUUGAAAACUUUACUACCUGUAAAGCUGCUAAGAAAAAAUAUAUUUUAGAAAAUAAAGAGAACUAUACAAGCCAACCCAAAGAUGAAAAUAAGAAUAUUGAUGAAAUAAAGUCUAAAUCAGUUGUGCUAUAUUUGGAAAGACUUGGAGUAUGUAGUGCUGCUUAUGUAAAACCAAAUGAAAUGGACAGAACUUUGAAUAAUACACUAGAGAAGACUGUGAACUUAUCACCCGUAGACAGUUUGCCUUUUUCUUCUGAAGGGGAAGUAUCUACUCUGUGCCAAACAAAUAAUUUACCAAGUGACUGGUCCCCUGAACUUUUUGCAGAGAAAACUAUUUCUCAGCAGUGCAAUAACCUUCAGCGGCGUUUGUUUUGAACUAUACCAACUAUUUAUUUAAAGGGACAGUAAAGUCAAAAUUUCAGAUAGAGCAUGACAUUUUAAACAAGAGUAAAACUCUGACAGCAGUGUUUUGCAACAUUGUACUACAAAUAAUGUUUCAAAACACUGCUGCCAUAGAGUACUAAAGACACGUGCACACUCCUGAGCUUUUAUGAGCCUACCUAGUAUUACUCUUCAAUAUAAGAUACCAAGAGAACGAAGCAAAUUUGAUAACAAGUAAAUGGGAAACUUGAUUAAAAUGACAUGCUCUAUCGGAAUCAUGAAAGUUUAAUUUUGACUUUACUGUCUGUUUAAAUACAGUAGAACACAUCCUAUAGGUAAUAACAUACCGUGUAUGAGCACAUUUGUAUCAUAGUAUGCAUUUUUUUUAAAUCACUAUUUUUUGCGUGGCUUAAUAUUAAUAAAUUACUUCUUUAUAAUUGUC